CUCGUCCAUUAUCCAACUGCCACGUGUCAGUAGAAUCGCUGUACGCGAAAUCGACGAUUUAAAGUCGGGAUAAGGUGCACGGGAUCACCGUACACCCUCCGAUGCGAUCAUCAUUGGAGGUCACACGUGCCACCAUCCACUUUAACGGCGGAAAUCCAUCCUUCUCCCUUUCAAAAUUACACACACAAACACGCACCUUUACAUAUAGCUUCCCCCUGUAUCUAUCCCGUUAUACAUUCUCGCAAGCAUCAAUAAUUGAACCUAGAUUCCCUGCAUAAACCGGUUGAAUCGCCCCAAUCCGUUGUCCGGCGCAGCACAGGAAAUGGAAUUUUGAUGACACCGUAUUUGGUAGCUAGAAUCGGGAGACGGAGGUUCUUUUUCUCGGUUCGCGAUUUUUUCGUUUUUUCUUGAUUUUUUUUUUGGAGGGGUGUAAAUUAUAUAGUAGUGUGCGAUGGGGGCGGUGACGUCGUCGAUGGCGGCGAAGUUUGCAUUUUUUCCGCCGAAUCCGGCGUCGUACGGGGUGACGGUGGAGGAGACGGGGAAGCUAAGGAUGACGGAGGUGGCGAACCACGAGAACGUCGACGUUUUGAAAGUGAAGACGAAGAGGGGGACGGAGAUCGUGGCGGUGUACGUGAAGAAUCCGACGGCGAAGCUGACGCUGUUGUACUCGCACGGGAACGCGGCUGAUCUAGGGCAGAUGUAUGAUCUCUUCAGUGAACUCAGCUUCCACCUCCGAGUCAACUUGAUGGGGUAUGACUACUCCGGAUAUGGACAAUCCACAGGAAAGCCAAGUGAGCAGAAUACUUAUGCAGACAUUGAAGCUGCAUAUGCGUGCCUGAAAGAGACUUAUGGGGUAAAAGAGGAAGAUAUAAUAUUGUAUGGACAGUCAGUAGGGAGUGGUCCUACUUUGGAUUUUGCAUCACGUUUGCCAAGGUUAAGGGCCGUAGUUCUUCACAGCCCUAUCCUGUCAGGACUUAGAGUUAUGUAUCCCGUUAAACGCACGUACUGGUUUGACAUUUAUAAGAAUAUUGACAAAAUCCCAUUGGUCCAGUGCCCGGUGCUGGUUAUUCAUGGCACUGAAGAUGAUGUAGUAGAUUGCUCUCAUGGUAAGCAGCUCUGGGAGCUGUGCAAAGAGAAGUACGAGCCAUUAUGGGUUAAAGGUGGCAAUCACUGUGACCUGGAGCUUUAUCCAGAAUAUAUAAAGCAUUUGAAGAAAUUCAUAUUAGCUGUCGAGAAAUCAGGACAUUUGAGAAGUGGAUCUGUAGAAUCUGUGGAUCAGAUGGACAAUGCACAAAAAGGUAUAGAUUCCCGACCCAGACAAAGCAUAGAUCAUAGAGAAAAGUCUAGAUCAAGUACAGAUCACAGGGAAAAGCCUAGGGAAAGCAUAGAUCGAAGGGAGAAAUCCAGAGCCAGCGUUGACAAGAGAGAAAGAUCGAGAAAGAGUACCGAGUUCACAGAAAAGACCAAUAAUAUUGCUGAGCAGCCAGAGAGAGCUAGGAACAGCAUAGAUCGCUUCGGGGAGAUGAUGAGAUCAGCUGUUUUGUGCAAUAUCGACUGUUUCAAGCCUGUGGGAACUAAGGUCUGAGGAUGGAGGGGAGGAUCUCUUAUUUCUUAUUUCCAGAUCCCUUGCGACAACAACAGAGAGCGAUACUUGGGGCAUUGGCUCGUCUCGUACCAAUAGCCAACUCCUGGCGGGUUUGUUCAGGUCAAGUCAGGUUUUGAAAUGGAAAUUGGAUAUCAAGGUCCAGCAUUCAAAACUAGGCCUACUCGAUUACCACUCAGUUUGGAGCAGAGACGAGCGCUGGUAUAUAGAUGAUUACUUAGUGAAGCUGCUGUUUUGUAGUUUAUCACUUGGUAUUUCUCGCACUUCUCGAUCAAUAUUUUGCGGUUUCAGUAAUAUCAAGGUUUCAGUAAUAUCAAGUAUCGUGACUCGGAAAUAGGACAUUUUUUAGUUUUCUCAAACCCUAGUUGUUCAAAUACUCUGUUGCUUUAUAUCAAGGUGUAAAACUUUUACAGGGUAAAUUAUUUUAUGGUUAACUGUGACUAAA